AUGUCGGAAAAUAUGUUACGUGAUAUUGACAAGGAACAAUUGGAGCGUCUUCUGCGUUCAAUUGCCGAAAAUUCCAUGACAUAUUAUUUUCUGUGGGAUGAGAUAAAUGGAAUUUCUGAAUCUCAGAAAUCAUGCGAACUGUUUUCUAAUUUGACACGUGAAUAUUACUUUAAGCUGAUUUUUUACUAUCUGAAACAGUAUAGAUUUAUACAUGAGCAAAUGAAAUUUGUGAAAAUGCCGAAGACAGAACUAAUUUUGGAAAAACAACUUUUGAUCAUGGCGCAAUAUGUUCAGCCACAUGUCUCUUAUUCGGCCAUAAACACGUGGUUAGAUAGCAUAACCCGGACAGUACUAUCUCGCCUGAAAAAUGAAUAUCCACGUCAUUCUAUUUGCUUUACAACUUCAGAGAAAUUUUCUUUUUGGAGAGAUAAAAAUAUUGAGGAUAAUUUCUGGAAUGAAAUAGAAUCAAGACAAAUUAUGCGCGUGCUUGAAAGAUAUAUAUUUUCCGAAUUAGAGAUUCCUGAAUUGCAUGAAAUAUUAAUGACGUUAGAUUUCGAAGCCGAAUAUAUAGAACAAGUGGCAGAAUAUUUUCGAAAACUUCUAUCGACUGUCACGUAUCACAUUGUAGCUAGAAGACUCGGCAUACAUACACUUCUGAGAGCUUUCUAUGAAGAGAAUAUUGCAGUUAUAUGGAAACCAAAAUAUAAAACAAACAAUUGGAGUGAUGCAGAGCUCUUUUAUAUAAAUCUGAAUUCCAUUCUACUUUAUCCAUCAAACGUUAUCAGAAGACAUUCAAUUAAUAAAAAUUUAUACAUAAAUCAUUCACAAUUUAUUCAGGAAAUAAAAAACAUAAUAUUACAUUUCUAUAAUAAACUAAUAGAUGAUUAUCGAUUAAAUUUCAUUUUCAUUCAAGAAGUGGAAUUCAAAUGGAAUUUUAAGUGGACAUUAAUCUUCAAUUUUCUACGACAACAUUUAAUGACCGAUGUCGAAGACGUAAAUAUUGAGGUUAUAUAUAAAAAUAUUACUAGUGCAAUAGAGGUUAGAUCUAACAGAGUAAAAAAAUUAUUAAAUAAGAGGACGAGAAAUGUUAAAUUUGCCAUCGGAAUGAUUGUAACGCAUUUGCACGAUAACCCUGUAAACUUUAAUGAUCAUGAUGGCGUAAUAAUUGGAUGGCAUCGUAAAUGUGAUGUGAAAAAUAAAUUCAAAAAUAAAUUAAGCAAAACUAAUACUUUCCCAUAUCUAUAUCAAUGCCCUGAAAUUUAUUACGUCUGCGGAAAUUCACGAUUUAACUGUGAUACUCCUGAACAGCUGCACUACAUUAUUCUCACCGAGAAUAAUCAAAUUUGUUAUGUGCGACAAAGUCUACUAUGCAUAUGUCAUCCAAAACAAAUCAAUAACGUAGAAAUUGGAAAAUACUUCUCCAGAUUUGAAGGUACGCAUUACGUACCGAAUGAAAACUUAAGACAAUGCUAUCCAGAAGAUACCGCUGCAAUUCCAAAUAUACUUGCUGAAAAAGCUAGUUAUAACUUAAUACUACCUUGGCCUUAG